AUAGUAGUGAAGAUUUGAGUAAAUGGAAUAUAACGUUUUAUGAAGAUGACGUUUUGAAACAAAUUGAUUGUGAGAAUUUGGAAUACGAUGCAACUAAAGUGUCUAGUAUUGGAUUUGGCAUCGACAUUCCUGAAGAUUACACGAGUUUCUUCCCAAAAUGUUGCCCUCGUGGCCAAAUUUAUUUAAAUAAUACUUGCCAGGAUUCCGAAAUAAGCAUGGAAAAUUUUAAAUUCAACGUUUCAAUUAUGUGCAAUAAUGUUUUGUUAGGAGUUGAUGACACAUUUGAACCGCAAAACAUUGUUUAUGGAGAUCCUUGCUCAGAAGAGAAGUACAUGCUGGAACCUGAAGAUGUAUUUGCCAUUUCUCUAGAUGGAAAUUUGUAUAUAAAAAACAAUGCCGGUAGAUACGAUGUGUACAAUUCAAAACAGUACUGUAUGGAAACUGUUGAUGAUACUUUAGAAGUCUUAGUAUGUUUUGGCACCGAAAAACUUUGUACAUAUAUGCAGCAGAUAAGAAUACUGCCUAAGAAAUUUAUUUUUGAAUUGACUUCAGUGGCUUUUCUCAUCGUGACAUUUGUAGUUUAUACAUUUGUUAAAAAACUAAGAACAGUCCACGGUUUGGCUUUGCGAUAUCAUGUGUCCUGUUUAAUAGUCGCUUUUUCAGUACUAGCAGCCGUUCAAUUGGCUGGAGGACGAGAAAUACCGGAUUGGAUGUGUAUUACAGCAGGUUACGUGAUAGAAAUUUCAUUCCUGGCCUACUUUUUCUGGUUGACAGUGAUGUGCAUAGAAACUUAUAAAAGUAUUACAGCAAAUAUUAAUACACAAAUUAAUGGAAAUAGAGAGAUUAAUGGAAAAAUUAACGACAAAAGAAGAUUAAGGCCAACUAUAGGAAGAACCUCGUGCUGGUUCGAAAAAAAUUCAUCAUCCUUUUACUACUUCUAUCUACCAAUGGGUGUGUCAUUGAUUGUGAAUUUUGUAACGUUUUUGUGGACGUUUAAAAUCCAGAGACAAACACAACCUCAGUUUAAAACCUUGUUUCGCAAAUCCUUCCUACUAUUUCUCAUGAUGGGUCUAAAUUGGUUUUCAGAAAUUCUGACUUGGGCAUUCCCUGAAUAUAUUCCAACAGAAUUGUUGACAGGUUUUGAUAUUUUCAAUGCAUCUCACAGGGAUCAUUAUAUUUUUACUUUUCGUCUGUCACAAAAAUUUGAAUUAUGUAAAAAAGAAAUCGUGACGAGGAGAGACACUUUCCGAAGACAAAGAUCUGCUGAACCAAAAGGGACUGAAAUGAAAUUGUUGGGCCGAAAAUAG